AUGGCUCUUGGGGCAUCGUCACCAAUCCCAAUCUCUUCGGUGUCGACAAGUUCGACUACUAGUAUGCACACGGCAGCUAAUCAGAUCAAUAUAUUCGUCUGUCAAGAGGCCAAAGUCUUGGCGAGUUCGGAGGAAAAGCGCCGAAAGUUCGUGUGCUGGAUUCGCGUGAUCGGCUUCAUCAAUUUUGGGCUCUUGCGGCUGAUCGUGUCGCUUGGCGACAGUAUCGUCGAUUCAGCUUUACCAUUUGGGCGUCAAAAUUUUUGGAUCGGAUUUCGAUUGACUGCACCGACGGCUGCCGAAACUACGAUGGGCCGGGCAAAGAUUGAGAUCAAGUUCGGUUCGAAAAAAAUAGCCAGCUACGACGGACCGUCGUUCAACAUUAGCGCCACCAAGGCGAAGCCGGCGCUGCGCAAUGAUGCAACGGUACUGUUCUCGACGCCGGACGGUCUCUUCCUCGCGAUGAAAAACUCGACCCCGAUCCUCUCCGCCGUCCCGAUGCCGCUGAAGCUGCACCAGGGUGACGAUGGCACCUUCAUCAAAAAGGGAGAAAGGCUGGAGUUGUACCGGAAAAGCGAGGGCUCGGGAUGCAACAUCAAGAUCCUUCAGUUGCAAUCCGUCGAUCCGCGUUAUACUGACACCGGGGUGUAUGAGGAUACGCCUUCGAACGUUUCCGUUAACAAUACUACCUUCUACGAGGGAGAAGUGGUGAAGGAAUGCACUCAAAAGAUCCAAGAAGGAAAAUACGACCACGACGCGCUGUCGUUCCGCAUCAAGCAAGUGCUCGCGAGGCUACCAUAUGUUUUGCGAACAUCCUGCCGCUGCAUCCCCGAGCGCACCAUCGGUUCGAUGUAUCGACGGACGCAGAGUCGAGGUGUUUGUGGACCACGAGGCGCCACGCGUCACAUCGCAGGGCCGCGUAUUGUAGCUGAUGUACGUGAUCCACGAGAACCCGGCACGAUAUACCUUCCGAAUCCACAACUACCGCCCUGGGCAGAUCGUCACCGUCAGACAAGGCCACAAUCACUGGGAUGU